GGCUGUCGGCAUUUCCCUCCAGACAUACAUCAUUUCAGUUCAACCUGCAGAUGCUACCACAGCUGUGGCGACAGCAGCAUUGCGGGACUGAUUCGGGCUGUAGGUCGACUGUUGUCUCACAGGGGACACAUUCAGAGCGGCUGACUUUUCCUUUGGACUCAUGACAGUGUUCGUCCUGGUUAAGGUGAGCAGAGAGGGCUGGGGCUGGCAGCUGUCGUUGGGUUAAAACCUGCCAACCUUGCAGUAGGGAGGAGCAGGUCUGCUUGGACAGCUGAAACAGCGGGCAGGCAACUGGAUCUCACGACAAACCUGAAGACUUUUCCCUUUUUUUUUUUCUUUUGCUGCAUUCACGAUGAUCUGAGCGUGACUUCUAGAGGCAACCCUCCUCCCCCUCUCUCUCCCCUUUCUCUCUAUCCGCCUCCCCUCCCCGCUUGUCUUUCAUUUCUUUUCGCGGGUUCAGCGCAGGCUGUCUAGUCCGCAGCCCCCCUUCUCCAGCUCCGGGAAGCUGGCAGCGAUGGGACCACCGGGCUUCAGCACCACGGAGAACGCCCGGCUUCUGCUGCUCAGUGUGUUUGGUGUGCUGGCGCUGUCCGUGGCGCUGGCGGAGCAGGAGGGGGAGAACCUGUCCGGACUCUCAGACAACCCAGACAGAGCCAUCUUCGCGGUCCGGGAGAACAGCACGACCUGCUUGAUGGUGGAGUUCGCGGUGAAAUUCCUCGUGCCAUAUGACGUGCUGGCGCUCAACGGGAUAGACCUGAUCACGGAGCAGACGUCUUUCACUCUGCCCCGCAACGCAGAAAUCGAGGGGAAAUGUGGGAGCUCCGAGUCAGAAAUCCACAUCUCCUGGAGGAACAACGCCUACACUCUCCGCAUUUACUUCUCGAAGGAGGUUCGUGAUAAGGGUAUCGAAGUGUGGAAGAUGAGCAAAGUCCAGUUCGUGUACGACACCUCGGAGGCAUCGCACUUCAUCAGCGCAUAUAACCCUGGAAAGCACACAGCCAGCACCCACCGGCUGUCGGCCCUGGUGACCCCUGGCGGGCACUCGUACAUGUGCACGGCUCAGCAGACCCUCAGACUCAUCUCAAGCGACCACCAGAAGAGUGUCACAGUCUCCAUGUCUGACAUCCAGAUCCAGCCCUUCGACAUUGCGUCUGACUUCAUGUUCAGUGAAUCCUAUAAAUGCAUCAUUGACCAGCAGGAGCGCCUGGAGGAGACCCUUCCCCUCAUCCUGGGCCUCAUUUUGGGCCUGAUAAUUGUCAUCACGCUCACCAUCUACCACUUCCACCUCAAGCUAACAGCGAAUCAGCCGCAGCUCCCCAGAGAUCGCUCCAUGUACAAGAACAUGUAGCUAACAGCAAAGCAGCUCACUCCAAAGCUACCUGGAAAACAGACUUGUCUUCUAUACGUCCCUGGCCACUAACACCACAGAGGGUUGUGCCCCUUGCUGGACUAAAUCCCCAAUUGAUGAAUGUGAGUGGCCUUCACUUCACUGCCCACUGGAGCUUUUGAACAGCUAAAACAAGGUUCAGGGACAGCCUGGAGCCUGUCAUAGGUGUUACCCCAGCCAAACUUAACAUGGCUGCUGAAUUUAAUCUCAAUGCCAUAAGUAGCCAGCAUUGAAGUUCUUGAAAUGAAAACAAAUAUGGUCACCAUUUCCCCCCAUUGCAAUCCUGAAAAAUAAUUUGCUUCAACGUGACUUCAGUCACAUUUGAUCCAAUAGAUCUGAAAGAAAUUUCUGAAAAUUCCUGAGCUUCUGCGGUCGCAUCCUCUCUUCCCCUCUCUGCCUGAAACUGCUGCUGAAAUUACUUUAUUAUUGUUCGUUGGUUCUGUAUUUGCUAACAUUUAAUUUUUUGUUCAGUCCUUUUAUUCCUACAUCUUGAAUGCAGCCAUAGUGUUGACAGUGGACAGUCUUGUAGUGUAAAGUGCAGUUAUUGCUUUGACUUCAGACCUUUUCUCCACACCAAUGUACAUUUACAAAACAUAGUAAAAGAUGAGGGAAUUCUAAAUGACACACACAAAUGACAUACUUCAUGGUGAAGAAUUUAUCAUAAAACAAGUGUUUAUGAACAAUGCAGAGAAAUAAUUUAGUGGCAAAAAAUGUUAAAUAUUUUAAGAGAGAAAGUCUAUGCAUAAAUCUCUGCUGAUGCAAUCGUGUGCAGUAAUCUGUUCUGUUUGAAAUAAACUGCUGGAUACACUCCUUUGCCAAAUUAUAUCCAUUAU